UCGCAACAAAAAGAGCCAGUUCCAGCGGCGCAGCCAACUGCCGCAGCAUGGCCAACUACGUGAACCUUCUGCAGAUUUACUGCCAGGAACAUCACCUGCAGCUUCCAGUCUAUUCUACGGAGCGUGCAGAGGGCUCUGGCGGCUACGCCAGUUCCGUCCUCGUCCGCGACGCCAGUUACGGUUCCAGGGCCAUUCACUCGUCAAAGAAACUCGCCGAGGAGGAUGCCGCGCGAGUUGCUUACGUUGAUCUAAAGCUAGCCCCCGAGCCGACCUUUAGUAGGAGCAGCAGCAGUGGCAGGACUCCCGUUUCGAGAUCCUCCGCGGGACACGGAUACGGCGCCGACGGCGGCGGGCUACCGGACGACUCCGUCCGAGACUCCGUCACUGCGAGACGGACGGGCCUCGCGGCUCGCUCUGCUAGCGGGAGCGCGUCGGCUGCGGCUGACUACAGUCGGAAGCUGGAGCAGCUUUGCAAUGCCGGAGGUCUCCCUCCGCCAGAAUACGACGUACAGGAGUCGCCUCGCGGAAAGUUCACCGCUACUGUGACGGUCGGUGAGGAGGAAUACCUCUCGAACGACUCGGAGUCAUUCACGCAAGCCAAGGACUACGCAUCCCUAGUGGCGCUGGCUGAAGUCGGACUUAGUCUGCUCAACAUCAGCGGCAGGGAGGACGGAACGGAGGAGAAUGUUGAGAGAAGUGUGCCCAGAAACUCUGCCAGGUCACCACCAGCCGCACGCAGCAUGGAACUCCCAGAGAGAAACUACAAGGCCAUCGUCCAAGAGUACUGUCAGAAGCACUAUCUCUCGAUGCCAGAGUAUGCUACAGAGUAUCCUGACGACGCAACCGGGUUUGUGACCAUCCUGACCGUAAACGGUAACGAGUACCGCUCCAAGCCAAUGCCGGCCAAGAAAAAGGCAGAGCAAGAUGCAGCCGGGAGAGCAGCUCUUGAUAUUGGGCUGGUGACCUUGGAGGGAGGGGAAGAUGCUGGUGCAGGGGCUUCUUUGGGCAGCAGAUAUGGAUCCUACUCUGCAGCCAACGGGAGUAUGGGUGGACUUGGGAGCAGAUUUGCCACCAAUGGAGACAGUGCUCCCCAUCCUUACUCCUCUGCCUCAUCCUCGUCCUCUGCAUCGUCCGCCUCGUUUGUAGGGGGAGGAGCCAGCAUCAGGAGCCCUCUCACCAGUCGAUUCUCUGCAAGAACUGCAGCUGUGCCCGAGAACAUAACGAUAAACUACAAGGGAAUGCUGCAAGAAUUUCUGGCAAAGCAAGGCCGCAGCAAUCCUCAGUACAGCACAUCGCAGGGGAACGGAGGGCGCUUUGUUACAGAGGUCACCCUGAGAGACGAGAUUACCAGAGAGGUCAUGCACUUCCAGGGCAAGGGCUACGCCAACAAGAAGACGGCAGAGCAGUCUGCAGCAAAACAGGCCUGCAUCCACUACAACCUGGAGUGAUCAAACACUACAACCACAUGUGUCAUAAUUAUAUAGCUGGAUUUUUGCAUCUAUAAUAUAUUAUAUUAUACUUGUUACACUCAUUAUUGUAAAUCAUGCAGUUUGUUUUACUGUAGGACAAUCAAAUUAGGCGGCAAUGGAGAAAUAUUUUUAGG